AUGAUAAGCUUUUUCGAAGAAGGCGGUUUUCUUUAUCUAGUUUUCACUUUGGUAGGAAAAGAUCUUUUUGAUCAAGCGGAAUACCAUGGAGGAAAAUUAAGUUUAAAAUCAACAGUCUUGAUUGCCAAACAGCUCGUUGAUCGUAUUGAAUAUCUCCAUGACAAAGGAAUAUUACAUUUGGAUCUCAAACCAGAGAAUAUUACUGUAGGGGUCAAGGAUAACGACCGAAAUACCAGCCAUCACGACGAGACGAUAUUGAGUCUCUGGAUCCAAACACCGACAAGUAUUAAGAAAAAAGGAGAAACUCACUUCCAAUCAAUUGUGCAAUGUUUGGAAGUAGAGUUCGCAAAAAUUCUGGAUUAUGCAAGAUCCUUAUCCUUCUCCCAGAAACCUGAUUACAAGUUUGUUCAACAACUGCUGGAUCGUAUAUUGCAAAAAAAUAGCUUUAGGGAUGAUCAAAUCUUUGAUUGUAUAAAAAAAUUAAAUUUAAAUCACAGAAUUGGCCAAUAUAACAAAUGUCAGGCAAAAAAACGAUCUUUGGAGCCUAAUGACAGGCAACAAGUCCAACAUAAUAGGAAGAAACGCCGGGUAGGCAAACAAAAUAAAGAUUAG